AUGGGUGACGGAGGAGAGGGCGAGGACGAGGUCCAGUUCCUGCGAACGGAUGACGAGGUGGUCCUGCAGUGCAGCGCCACGGUGCUCAAGGAGCAGCUGAAGCUAUGUCUGGCUGCCGAGGGCUUCGGUAACCGCCUCUGCUUCCUGGAGCCCACCAGCAACGCCCAGAAUGUGCCCCCUGACCUGGCCAUUUGCUGCUUCAUGCUGGAGCAGUCACUGUCCGUCCGUGCCCUGCAGGAGAUGCUGGCCAACACCGUGGAAGCUGGUGUGGAGUCAUCGCAGGGUGGGGGACACAGGACGCUCUUGUAUGGCCAUGCCAUCCUGCUUCGGCACGCCCACAGCCGCAUGUAUCUGAGUUGUCUCACCACCUCCCGGUCCAUGACCGACAAGCUGGCCUUCGACGUGGGACUGCAGGAGGAUGCCACAGGCGAGGCCUGCUGGUGGACUAUGCACCCAGCCUCCAAGCAGAGGUCAGAAGGGGAAAAGGUCCGUGUUGGAGAUGACCUCAUCCUUGUCAGUGUCUCCUCCGAGCGCUACCUGCACCUGUCAACAGCCAGUGGAGAGCUCCAGGUUGACGCCUCCUUCAUGCAGACACUGUGGAACAUGAAUCCCAUCUCUUCUGGCUGUGAAGAGGGCUAUGUGACUGGGGGCCAUGUCCUCCGCCUCUUUCAUGGACACAUGGAUGAAUGUCUGACCAUUUCUGCAGCUGACAGUGAAGACCAACGCAGACUUGUCCACUAUGAGGGGGGUUCUGUGUGCACCCAUGCCCGCUCCCUCUGGAGACUGGAGCCACUGAGAAUCAGCUGGAGUGGGAGCCACCUGCGCUGGGGCCAGCCUCUUCGCAUCCGCCAUGUCACCACAGGGCGGUACCUGGGGCUCACCGAGGACCAGGGCCUGGUAGUGGUCGAUGCUGCCAAGGCCCACACCAAGGCCACCUCCUUCUGCUUUCGCAUCUCCAAGGAAAAGCUGGAUACAGCCCCCAAGCGGGACAUAGACGGCAUGGGCCCCCCUGAGAUCAAAUAUGGAGAGUCGCUGUGCUUCGUGCAGCAUGUGGCCUCAGGCCUGUGGCUCACCUAUGCUGCCCCGGACCCCAAGGCCCUGAGGCUUGGCGUGCUCAAGAAGAAGGCCAUGCUCCACCAGGAAGGCCACAUGGACGAUGCACUGUUCCUGAGCCGCUGUCAGCAGGAGGAGUCCCAGGCGGCCCGCAUGAUCCACAGCACCGCCGCCCUGUAUAACCACUUCAUCAAGAGUCUGGACAGCUUCAGCGGGAAGCCGCGGGGCGCGGGGCCGCCGGCUGGUACUGCGCUGCCCAUAGAGGGCGUCAUCCUGAGCCUGCAGGACCUCAUCGGUUACUUCGAGCCGCCCUCUGAGGAGCUGCAGCAUGAGGAAAAGCAGAGCAAGCUGCGCAGUCUGCGCAACCGCCAGAGCCUCUUCCAGGAGGAGGGAAUGCUCUCCCUGGUCCUGAAUUGCAUUGACCGCCUAAAUGUCUACACUACUGCUGCCCACUUUGCUGAAUUUGCAGGGGAGGAGGCAGCUGAGUCCUGGAAAGAGAUUGUGAACCUGCUCUAUGAACUCCUGGCCUCUCUGAUCCGCGGCAACCGCUCCAACUGUGCCCUCUUCUCUACAAACUUGGACUGGCUGGUCAGCAAGCUUGAUCGGCUAGAGGCCUCAUCUGGGAUCCUGGAGGUGUUGUACUGUGUCCUGAUUGAGAGUCCCGAGGUCCUGAACAUCAUCCAGGAGAACCACAUCAAGUCCAUCAUCUCCCUCUUGGACAAGCAUGGGAGGAACCACAAGGUCCUGGAUGUGCUGUGUUCCCUGUGUGUGUGCAAUGGUGUGGCCGUGCGUUCCAACCAAGAUCUAAUUACUGAGAACUUGCUCCCUGGCCGAGAGCUUCUGCUGCAGACCAACCUCAUCAACUAUGUUACCAGCAUCCGCCCCAACAUCUUUGUGGGCCGAGCGGAGGGCUCCACACAGUAUGGCAAAUGGUACUUUGAAGUGAUGGUAGAUGAGGUGGUUCCAUUUCUGACAGCUCAGGCCACCCACCUGCGGGUGGGCUGGGCCCUCACAGAGGGCUACAGCCCUUACCCCGGGGGAGGUGAAGGCUGGGGCGGCAACGGAGUGGGCGAUGACCUCUAUUCCUACGGCUUUGAUGGGCUGCAUCUAUGGACAGGACACGUGGCACGCCCAGUGACUUCUCCAGGGCAGCACCUCUUGGCCCCUGAAGAUGUAGUCAGCUGCUGCCUGGACCUCAGUGUGCCGUCCAUCUCCUUCCGCAUCAAUGGCUGUCCUGUGCAAGGCGUCUUUGAGGCCUUCAACCUUGAUGGGCUCUUCUUCCCUGUUGUCAGCUUCUCGGCGGGUGUCAAGGUGCGGUUCCUCCUUGGUGGCCGCCAUGGUGAAUUCAAGUUCCUCCCCCCACCUGGGUAUGCCCCAUGUCAUGAGGCUGUGCUCCCACGAGAACGACUCCAUCUUGAACCUAUCAAGGAAUAUCGACGGGAGGGACCUCGGGGCCCCCACCUGGUGGGCCCCAGCCGCUGCCUCUCACAUACCGACUUUGUGCCCUGCCCUGUGGACACCGUCCAGAUCGUCCUGCCUCCCCAUUUGGAACGCAUUCGGGAGAAGCUGGCAGAGAACAUCCAUGAGCUCUGGGCACUGACUCGCAUUGAGCAGGGCUGGACCUAUGGCCCGGUUCGGGAUGACAAUAAGAGGCUGCACCCGUGUCUUGUGGACUUCCAUAGCCUCCCAGAGCCUGAAAGGAAUUACAACCUGCAGAUGUCCGGAGAGACACUCAAGACCUUGCUGGCGCUGGGCUGCCACGUGGGCAUGGCAGACGAGAAGGCAGAGGACAACCUGAAGAAGACAAAACUCCCCAAGACGUACAUGAUGAGCAAUGGGUACAAGCCGGCUCCUCUAGACCUGAGCCACGUGCGGCUGACGCCAGCGCAGACGACACUGGUGGAUCGGCUGGCAGAGAAUGGGCACAAUGUGUGGGCACGAGACCGCGUGGCUCAGGGCUGGAGCUACAGCGCCGUGCAGGACAUCCCCGCACGCCGAAACCCUCGCCUCGUGCCCUACCGCCUGCUGGACGAGGCCACCAAGCGCAGCAACCGGGACAGCCUGUGCCAGGCCGUGCGCACCCUGCUGGGCUAUGGCUACAACAUCGAGCCACCUGACCAGGAACCCAGUCUGGUGGAGAGCCAGUCUCGUUGGGAUCGAGUGCGCAUCUUCCGGGCAGAGCGAUCCUAUGCAGUGCAGAGUGGCCGCUGGUACUUCGAGUUUGAGGCUGUCACCACGGGCGAGAUGCGAGUGGGCUGGGCCAGGCCCGAGCUGCGGCCUGAUGUUGAGCUGGGAGCUGACGAGCUGGCCUAUGUCUUCAAUGGGCACCGCGGCCAGCGCUGGCACUUGGGCAGUGAACUGUUUGGGCGUCCCUGGCAACCUGGUGAUGUGGUUGGCUGCAUGAUCGACCUCUCAGAGAACAACAUUAUCUUCACCCUCAAUGGCGAGAUCCUCAUGUCUGACUCUGGCUCCGAAACUGCCUUCCGGGAUAUUGAGAUCAGAGAUGGCUUCCUGCCCGUCUGCAGCUUGGGACCUGGCCAGGUGGGUCACCUGAACCUGGGCCAGGACGUGAGCUCCCUGAGGUUCUUUACCAUCUGCGGCCUCCAGGAAGGAUUUGAACCCUUUGCCAUCAACAUGCAGCGCCCAGUCACCACCUGGUUCAGCAAAAGCCUCCCCCAAUUUCAGGCUGUGCCCCCUGAGCAUCCCCACUAUGAGGUUUCCCGUGUGGACGGCACCGUGGACACACCCCCCUGCCUGCGCCUGACCCACCGCACAUGGGGCUCCCAGAACAGUCUAGUGGAGAUGCUCUUUCUACGGAUGAGCCUCCCAGUCCAGUUCCACCAGCAUUUCCGCUGCACUGCAGGGGCCACCCCACUGGCACCGCCAGGCCUGCAGCCCCCGGCUGAGGACGAGGCCCGGGCUGCAGAACCCGACCCCGACUACGAAAACCUGCGCCGCUCAGCUGGGCGCUGGGGCGAAGCUGAGGGGGGCAAAGAGGGAACUGCCAAGGAGGGAGCACCCGGAGGCACCCCGCAGGCUGGGGGAGAGGCCCAGCCCACCAGGGUGGAGAAUGAAAAGGAUGCAACCACUGAGAAGAACAAGAAGAGGGGGUUCUUAUUCAAGGCCAAGAAAGCCGCCAUGAUGACCCAACCACCAGCCACUCCCACUCUACCCCGACUCCCUCAUGAUGUGGUGCCUGCCGACAACCGUGAUGACCCUGAGAUCAUCCUCAACACCACAACGUACUAUUACUCCGUGAGGGUCUUUGCCGGUCAAGAGCCCAGCUGCGUGUGGGUGGGCUGGGUCACCCCUGACUACCAUCAGCAUGACAUGAACUUCGACCUCAGCAAGGUCCGGGCAGUGACAGUGACCAUGGGGGAUGAACAAGGCAACAUCCACAGCAGCCUCAAGUGCAGCAACUGCUACAUGGUGUGGGGCGGGGACUUUGUGAGUCCCGGGCAACAGGGCCGCAUCAGCCACACGGACCUCAUCAUUGGCUGCCUGGUGGACUUGGCCACUGGCUUAAUGACCUUUACAGCCAAUGGCAAAGAGAGCAACACCUUCUUCCAGGUGGAACCCAACACGAAGCUGUUUCCUGCUAUCUUUGUCCUGCCCACCAACCAGAAUGUUGUCCAGUUUGAGUUGGGGAAGCUGAAGAACAUCAUGCCGUUGUCAGCCGCUAUGUUCCUGAGUGAGCGCAAGAACCCGGUCCCCCAGUGCCCACCGCGCCUCGAGCUGCAGAUGCUGAUGCCUGUUUCCUGGAGCCGCAUGCCCAACCACUUCCUGCAGGUGGAGACGCGGCGUGCGGGCGAGCGGCUGGGCUGGGCUGUGCAGUGUGAGGAGCCGCUGACCAUGAUGGCGCUCCACAUCCCCGAGGAGAACCGGUGCAUGGAUGUCCUGGAGUUGUCGGAGCGCCUGGAUCUGCAGCGCUUCCAUUCUCACACCCUGCGCCUCUACCGCGCUGUGUGCGCGCUGGGCAACAACCGCGUGGCGCAUGCGCUGUGCAGCCACGUGGAUCAGGCGCAGCUGCUGCACACGCUGGAGGACGCCCACUUGCCGGGCCCGCUGCGGGCAGGCUACUACGACCUCCUCAUCAGCAUCCACCUCGAAAGCGCCUGCCGCAGUCGCCGCACCAUGCUCUCUGAGUACAUCGUGCCCCUCACGCCCGAGACCCGCGCCAUCACGCUCUUCCCACCUGGCAAAGGCGCUAGUAACGGCCCUUGCCACCACGGCCUGCCUGGCGUGGGGGUCACCACCUCGCUGCGGCCCCCACAUCAUUUCGCACCCCCCUGUUUCGUGACGACCCUGACGGCUGCUAAGAUGGUGGAUGACCCGGCCCGCCUCAGCCCCGCCAUCCCUCUGGAGGCCCUGCGGGACAAGGCACUGAGAAUGCUGGGGGAGGCGGUGCGAGACGGUGGGCAGCACGCACGCGACCCCGUCGGGGGCUCUGUGGAGUUCCAGUUUGUGCCGGUGCUCAAGCUUGUGUCUACUUUGCUGGUGAUGGGUGUCUUUGAUGAUGAGGAUGUAAAACAGAUCCUGAAGAUGAUUGAGCCUGAAGUGUUCACUGAGGAAGAAGAGGAAGAGGAGGAGGAGGAGGAGGAAGAGGAGGAUGAAGAAGAGAAGGAGGAGGAUGAAGAGGAAGAGGCAGAGGAGAAGGAAGAUGAGGAAAAAGAAGAAGAUGAGGCAGCAGAAGGAGAAAAAGAAGAGAGCUUGGAGGAGGGGCUGCUUCAGAUGAAGUUGCCAGAGUCCGUGAAACUACAGAUGUGCCACCUGCUGGAGUAUUUCUGUGACCAAGACCUCCAGCACCGUGUGGAGUCCAUGGCAGCCUUUGCAGAGCGCUAUGUGGACAAGCUCCAGGCCAAUCAACGGAACCGCUAUGGCCUCCUCAUGAAAGCCUUCACCAUGACUGCAGCUGAGACUGCCCGGCGUACUCGCGAGUUCCGAUCCCCACCCCAGGAGCAGAUCAACAUGCUAUUGCAGUUCAAAGAUGGUGAAGAUGAGGAAGAUUGUCCUCUUCCUGAGGAAAUUCGACAGGACUUGCUUGACUUUCAUCAAGACCUGCUGACACACUGUGGAAUUCAGCUGGAGGGGGUGGAGGAAGAACCAGAGGAAGAGGCCACUUUGGGAAGCCGCCUAAUGAGCCUGUUGGAGAAAGUGCGGUUGGUGAAGAAGAAAGAGGAGAAGUCUGAAGAGGAGCCUCCAGCUGAGGAAAAAAAACCCCGUGAGAACUGUGGACAUCAGGGAGGUUACAGGGUUUGGGCCCCUGUGCUUGGAAACAUAAUGAACAACAAAGUCUUCUACCAACAUCCGAACCUGAUGCGGGCGCUGGGCAUGCACGAGACAGUCAUGGAGGUCAUGGUGAACGUCCUUGGGGGCGGCGAGUCCAAGGAGAUCCGCUUCCCCAAGAUGGUGACAAGUUGCUGCCGCUUCCUUUGUUACUUCUGCCGCAUCAGCCGGCAGAACCAGCGCUCCAUGUUUGACCAUCUGAGCUACCUGCUGGAGAAUAGUGGCAUCGGCCUGGGCAUGCAGGGCUCCACGCCCCUGGAUGUGGCAGCUGCCUCUGUGAUUGACAACAAUGAACUGGCCUUGGCAUUGCAGGAGCAGGACCUGGAAAAGGUGGUGUCCUACCUGGCAGGCUGCGGCCUCCAAAGCUGCCCUAUGCUCCUGGCCAAAGGGUACCCGGACAUCGGCUGGAACCCGUGUGGCGGUGAACGCUACCUCGACUUCUUGCGAUUCGCCGUUUUCGUCAAUGGCGAGAGCGUGGAGGAGAACGCCAACGUGGUGGUGCGCCUGCUCAUCCGCAAGCCCGAGUGCUUCGGGCCUGCGCUGCGGGGCGAGGGCGGCUCGGGGCUGCUGGCCGCCAUCGAGGAAGCCAUCCGCAUCUCGGAAGACCCCGCGCGGGACGGCCCGGGCGUGCGCAGGGACCGGCGGCGAGAGCACUUCGGGGAGGAGCCCCCUGAGGAAAACCGUGUGCACCUGGGACACGCUAUCAUGUCCUUCUAUGCCGCCUUGAUCGACCUGCUAGGACGCUGCGCACCGGAGAUGCAUCUGAUUCAGGCCGGCAAGGGCGAGGCCCUGCGGAUCCGUGCCAUCCUGCGCUCCCUCGUGCCCCUGGAAGACCUCGUGGGCAUCAUCAGCCUCCCGCUACAGAUCCCCACCCUGGGCAAAGACGGGGCUCUGGUACAGCCAAAGAUGUCGGCAUCCUUUGUGCCGGACCACAAGGCUUCCAUGGUGCUCUUCCUGGACCGCGUGUAUGGCAUCGAGAACCAGGACUUCUUGUUGCAUGUGCUGGAUGUGGGGUUCUUGCCUGACAUGAGGGCGGCCGCCUCGCUGGACACGGCCACUUUCAGCACCACGGAGAUGGCGCUGGCGCUGAACCGCUACCUCUGUCUGGCCGUGCUGCCGCUCAUCACCAAGUGCGCGCCUCUCUUUGCGGGCACGGAGCACCGCGCCAUCAUGGUGGACUCAAUGCUGCACACCGUGUACCGCCUGUCCCGCGGCCGCUCGCUCACCAAGGCGCAGCGCGACGUCAUCGAGGACUGCCUUAUGGCGCUCUGCAGGUACAUCCGCCCGUCCAUGCUGCAGCACCUGCUGCGGCGGCUGGUGUUCGACGUGCCCAUCCUCAAUGAGUUCGCCAAGAUGCCGCUCAAGCUCCUUACGAACCACUAUGAGCGUUGCUGGAAGUACUACUGCCUUCCCACAGGCUGGGCCAACUUUGGGGUCACUUCGGAGGAAGAACUGCACCUAACUCGUAAACUCUUCUGGGGCAUCUUUGACUCCUUGGCCCAUAAGAAGUAUGACCCGGAGCUGUACCGAAUGGCCAUGCCUUGUCUGUGCGCCAUUGCAGGGGCCCUGCCCCCUGACUACGUGGAUGCCUCAUACUCAUCCAAGGCUGAGAAAAAGGCCACAGUGGACGCUGAAGGCAACUUUGACCCACGGCCCGUGGAGACUCUCAAUGUGAUCAUCCCGGAGAAGCUCGACUCCUUCAUUAACAAAUACGCGGAGUACACACACGAGAAGUGGGCCUUCGACAAGAUCCAGAACAGCUGGUCCUACGGAGAGAACAUAGAUGAAGAAUUGAAGACCCAUCCCAUGCUCAGGCCCUACAAGACCUUCUCAGAGAAGGACAAAGAGAUCUACCGCUGGCCCAUUAAGGAGUCCUUGAAGGCCAUGAUUGCCUGGGAGUGGACUAUAGAAAAGGCCAGGGAGGGUGAGGAAGAGAAGACGGAGAAGAAAAAAACACGGAAGAUAUCCCAGAGUGCCCAGACCUACGACCCACGAGAGGGCUACAAUCCCCAGCCUCCUGACCUCAGCGGAGUUACCCUGUCACGGGAGCUGCAGGCCAUGGCAGAACAGCUAGCGGAAAAUUACCACAACACGUGGGGGCGGAAGAAGAAGCAGGAGCUGGAGGCCAAGGGCGGUGGGACCCACCCCCUGCUGGUCCCUUACGAUACGCUCACUGCCAAGGAGAAGGCGCGAGAUCGAGAAAAGGCCCAAGAGCUGCUGAAGUUCCUGCAGAUGAACGGCUACGCGGUCACCAGAGGCCUUAAGGAUAUGGAGCUGGACACGUCAUCCAUCGAGAAGCGGUUUGCCUUUGGCUUCCUGCAGCAGUUGCUGCGCUGGAUGGACAUUUCCCAGGAAUUCAUUGCCCACCUGGAGGCUGUGGUCAGCAGUGGGAGAGUGGAAAAGUCUCCACAUGAGCAGGAGAUUAAAUUCUUUGCCAAGAUCCUGCUCCCCUUGAUUAACCAGUACUUUACCAACCACUGUCUCUAUUUCCUGUCCACACCAGCCAAGGUGCUGGGCAGUGGUGGACACGCCUCCAACAAAGAGAAGGAAAUGAUUACCAGCCUCUUCUGCAAACUCGCUGGUCUUGUCCGUCACCGAGUCUCUCUCUUCGGGACUGAUGCCCCAGCUGUGGUCAACUGCCUGCACAUCCUGGCUCGCUCCCUGGAUGCCAGGACUGUAAUGAAGUCAGGCCCGGAGAUCGUGAAGGCCGGCCUCCGCUCCUUCUUCGAGAGUGCUUCCGAGGACAUUGAGAAGAUGGUUGAGAACCUUCGGCUAGGCAAGGUGUCCCAGGCACGGACCCAGGUGAAGGGAGUGGGCCAGAACCUCACCUACACCACGGUGGCCCUGCUGCCUGUUCUCACCACCCUCUUCCAGCACAUCGCCCAGCACCAGUUUGGAGAUGACGUCAUCCUGGAUGAUGUCCAGGUCUCCUGCUACCGAACUCUGUGCAGUAUCUACUCUCUGGGGACCACCAAGAGCACUUACGUGGAAAAGCUGCGUCCUGCCCUCGGGGAGUGCCUGGCCCGGCUGGCAGCUGCCAUGCCCGUGGCAUUCUUGGAACCUCAGCUGAACGAGUAUAACGCCUGCUCAGUGUACACCACCAAGUCUCCCCGGGAGCGGGCCAUCCUGGGGCUCCCGAACAGCGUGGAGGAGAUGUGCCCUGACAUCCCAGUGCUGGAGAGGCUCAUGGCAGACAUCGGGGGGCUGGCCGAGUCGGGGGCCCGCUACACGGAGAUGCCGCAUGUCAUCGAGAUCACGCUGCCCAUGCUCUGCAGCUACUUGCCCCGCUGGUGGGAGUACGGGCCUGAGGCGCCGGCCCCUGCCCUGCCCGCUGGGGCCCCUCCACCCUGCACAGAGGUCACCUCCGACCACCUCAACUCCUUGUUGGGGAAUAUCUUGCGAAUAAUCGUCAACAACCUGGGUAUUGACGAGGCCUCGUGGAUGAAGCGACUUGCUGUGUUUGCCCAGCCCAUUGUGAGCCGGGCCAGGCCUGAGCUCCUGCACUCACACUUCAUCCCAACCAUUGGGCGGCUGCGCAAGCGGGCGGGGAAGGUGGUAGCUGAAGAGGAGCAGCUGCGCCUGGAGGCCAAGGCCGAAGCCCAGGAGGGUGAGCUCCUGGUGCGAGACGAGUUCUCUGUGCUCUGUCGGGACCUGUACGCCCUCUAUCCGCUGCUCAUCCGCUACGUGGACAACAACAGGGCGCAGUGGCUGACAGAGCCCAAUCCCAACGCAGAGGAGCUGUUCAGGAUGGUGGGCGAAAUCUUCAUCUACUGGUCCAAGUCGCAUAAUUUUAAGCGUGAGGAACAGAACUUUGUGGUCCAGAAUGAAAUCAACAAUAUGUCAUUCCUGACUGCUGACAGCAAGAGCAAGAUGGCCAAGGCAGGAGAUGUACAGUCAGGUGGCUCAGACCAGGAACGCACCAAGAAGAAGCGCCGGGGGGAUCGGUACUCAGUACAGACGUCACUGAUUGUGGCCACACUUAAGAAGAUGCUGCCCAUUGGCCUGAACAUGUGUGCGCCCACCGACCAGGACCUCAUCAUGCUGGCCAAGACCCGCUAUGCCCUGAAAGACACAGAUGAGGAGGUCCGCGAGUUCCUGCAAAACAACCUUCACCUUCAGGGAAAGGUCGAAGGCUCCCCGUCUCUGCGCUGGCAGAUGGCGCUGUACCGGGGUCUCCCAGGACGCGAGGAGGACGCCGAUGAUCCUGAGAAAAUCGUGCGCAGAGUCCAAGAAGUGUCCGCCGUGCUCUACCAUUUGGAGCAGACAGAGCAUCCUUACAAGUCCAAGAAGGCGGUGUGGCACAAACUUCUGUCCAAGCAGCGCCGGCGGGCGGUCGUGGCCUGUUUCCGCAUGACCCCUCUGUACAACCUGCCCACGCACCGGGCAUGUAACAUGUUUCUGGAGAGUUACAAGGCUGGCUGGAUCUUGACUGAAGACCACAGCUUUGAGGACCGCAUGAUAGAUGACCUUUCAAAAGCUGGAGAGCAAGAGGAAGAGGAGGAAGAGCAGGAAGAGAAGAAGCCAGACCCCCUCCACCAGCUGGUCCUGCACUUCAGCCGCACGGCCCUGACUGAAAAGAGCAAACUGGAUGAGGAUUACCUGUAUAUCGCGUAUGCGGAUAUCAUGGCAAAGAGCUGCCACCUAGAGGACACAGAGGAGAGCGUGCCAGUCGAAGAAGAGGUUGAGGUUUCCUUUGAGGAGAAGGAGAUGGAGAAGCAGCGGCUACUGUACCAGCAGGCGCGGCUGCACAACCGGGGGGCCGCCGAGAUGGUUCUGCAGAUGAUCAGCGCCUGCAAAGGAGAGACAGGCGCCAUGGUGUCCUCCACUCUGAAGCUGGGCAUCUCCAUCCUGAAUGGAGGCAAUGCGGAGGUGCAGCAGAAAAUGCUGGAUUAUCUGAAGGACAAGAAGGAAGUUGGCUUCUUCCAGAGUAUCCAGGCGCUGAUGCAGACAUGCAGCGUCCUGGAUCUCAAUGCCUUCGAGAGACAGAACAAGGCAGAGGGCCUGGGCAUGGUAAAGGAGGAUGGAACUGUCAUCAGUCGCCAGAACGGAGAGAAGGUCAUGGCAGAUGAUGAAUUCACCCAGGACCUGUUCCGGUUCCUGCAGUUGCUCUGCGAGGGCCACAACAAUGAUUUCCAAAACUACCUGCGGACACAGACCGGGAACACGACCACUAUUAACAUCAUCAUCUGCACAGUGGACUAUCUCUUGCGGCUGCAGGAGUCCAUCAGCGACUUCUACUGGUACUACUCAGGCAAAGAUGUCAUUGAGGAGCAAGGCAAGAGGAACUUUUCCAAGGCCAUGUCAGUGGCUAAACAGGUGUUCAACAGCCUCACCGAGUACAUCCAGGGUCCCUGCACAGGGAACCAGCAAAGCCUGGCGCACAGCCGCCUCUGGGACGCCGUGGUGGGAUUCCUGCACGUAUUUGCCCACAUGAUGAUGAAGCUCGCUCAGGACUCAAGCCAAAUUGAACUGUUGAAGGAGCUACUGGAUCUACAGAAGGACAUGGUGGUGAUGCUGCUGUCACUACUGGAAGGGAACGUGGUGAACGGCACAAUUGCCCGGCAGAUGGUGGACAUGCUCGUAGAAUCCUCGUCCAAUGUGGAAAUGAUACUCAAGUUCUUUGACAUGUUCCUGAAACUCAAGGACAUCAUGGGCUCUGAGGCCUUCCGGGAUUAUGUCACCGAUCCCCGUGGUCUCAUCUCCAAAAAAGACUUCCAGAAGGCCAUGGACAGCCAGAAGCAGUUCACGGGACCAGAAAUCCAAUUCCUGCUUUCGUGCUCCGAAGCAGACGAGAACGAGAUGAUCAACUGUGAGGAGUUCGCCAACCGCUUCGAGGAGCCGGCCCGAGACAUCGGCUUCAACGUGGCGGUGCUGCUGACCAACCUGUCGGAGCACGUGCCUCACGACCAGCGCCUGCGCAACUUCCUCGAGCUGGCCGAGAGCAUCCUCGAGUACUUCCGGCCCUACCUGGGCCGCAUCGAGAUCAUGGGCGCCUCCCGCCGCAUCGAGCGGAUCUACUUCGAGAUCUCGGAGACCAAUCGCGCCCAGUGGGAGAUGCCCCAGGUGAAGGAGUCCAAGCGCCAGUUCAUCUUCGACGUGGUGAACGAGGGCGGCGAGGCCGAGAAGAUGGAGCUCUUCGUGAGCUUCUGCGAGGACACCAUCUUCGAGAUGCAGAUCGCCGCGCAGAUCUCGGAGCCCGAGGGCGAGCCCCAGGAGGACGAGGACGUGACGGAGCUCUUGGCCGGCAUGCCCGACCCCACGGGCGACGAGGUGCACGGCGAGCAGCCUGCGGGGGCCGGCGACGACGCAGACGGCGAGGGCGCAGGCGACGCGGCGGAGGGCGUCGGGGACGAGGAGGCGGCAGUGGGCGAGGCCGGGCAGGAAGGCGCCGAAGGGGCCGUGGUGGCGGCCGAAGGCGGGCCUUUCCGGCCAGAAGGGACUGGCGGCCUUGGGGACAUGGGCGACACGACACCAGCCGAGCCACCCACGCCAGAGGGCUCCCCGAUCCUAAAGAGGAAGCUGGGGGUGGAAGGAGAGGAGGAGAAGCUGCCCACAGAGCCCCAACCAGAGCCGGAGCCUGAGCCAGAGCCUGAGAAAGCCGAUGCCGAGAAUGGAGAGAAGGAGGGAGUCCCAGAACCUCCACCAGAGCCCCCCAAGAAGACAGAAGCUUCCUCACCCCCUCCAAAGAAGGAGGAAGCCAAGGGUGGGGGUAUGGAAUUCUGGGAAGAACUGGAAGUGCAGAGGGUGAAGUUCUUGAACUACCUCUCUCGGAACUUUUACACCCUGCGAUUCCUUGCCCUCUUCUUGGCGUUUGCUAUCAACUUCAUCUUGCUGUUCUAUAAGGUGUCCGACUCUCCACCAGGGGAGGAUGACAUGGAGGGUUCAGCAGCAGGGGCCGUGUCAGACACAGGGUCUGGCGGUGGCUCUGGCUGGGGCUCGGGGGCCGGUGAGGAGGCAGAGGGUGACGAGGAUGAGAACAUGGUGUACUACUUCCUGGAAGAAAGCACAGGCUACAUGGAGCCUGCGCUGCGGUGCUUGAGCUUGCUGCAUACGCUGGUGGCCUUUCUCUGCAUCAUUGGCUACAACUGUCUCAAGGUGCCCCUGGUGAUCUUCAAGCGGGAGAAGGAGCUGGCCCGAAAGCUGGAGUUUGACGGCCUCUACAUCACGGAGCAGCCUGAGGAUGACGACGUUAAGGGGCAGUGGGACCGCCUUGUGCUCAACACGCCAUCUUUCCCCAGCAACUACUGGGACAAGUUUGUGAAGCGGAAGGUCCUGGACAAGCACGGCGACAUCUAUGGGCGGGAGCGGAUUGCCGAGCUGCUGGGCAUGGAUCUGGCCACACUGGAGAUCACGGCCCACAACGAGCGGAAGCCUGAGCCACCACCCGGGCUGCUCACCUGGCUCAUGUCCAUUGACGUCAAGUACCAGAUCUGGAAGUUCGGGGUCAUCUUCACAGACAACUCCUUUCUAUACCUGGGAUGGUACAUGGUGAUGUCGCUCCUCGGGCACUACAACAACUUCUUCUUUGCUGCCCACCUCCUGGACAUUGCCAUGGGGGUCAAGACACUGCGUACCAUUCUCUCCUCUGUCACCCACAACGGGAAACAGCUGGUGAUGACCGUGGGCCUCCUGGCAGUGGUGGUCUACCUGUACACGGUGGUGGCCUUCAACUUCUUCCGCAAGUUCUACAACAAGAGUGAGGAUGAAGAUGAGCCUGACAUGAAGUGUGAUGACAUGAUGACGUGUUACCUGUUCCACAUGUACGUGGGUGUCCGGGCUGGCGGGGGCAUCGGGGAUGAGAUCGAGGACCCAGCAGGCGAUGAGUAUGAGCUGUACCGGGUGGUCUUUGACAUCACAUUCUUCUUCUUCGUCAUUGUCAUCCUACUGGCCAUCAUCCAGGGUCUCAUCAUUGACGCUUUCGGUGAGCUCCGAGACCAGCAAGAGCAAGUGAGGGAAGAUAUGGAGACCAAGUGCUUCAUCUGUGGAAUCGGCAGUGACUACUUCGACACGACACCACAUGGGUUCGAGACCCACACGUUAGAGGAGCACAACCUGGCCAAUUACAUGUUUUUCCUGAUGUAUCUGAUAAACAAGGAUGAGACAGAGCACACGGGUCAGGAAUCUUAUGUCUGGAAGAUGUACCAGGAGAGAUGUUGGGAUUUCUUUCCGGCUGGUGACUGUUUCCGCAAGCAGUAUGAGGACCAGCUUAGCUGA